GUCCUAUUUUGUGAAAAAAUCCUAUGUUUUGGCAAGUGGAUCUCCACUGUAUUAUACCGACCGAGUAGCAAACAAUGGGGUAGCGAUUAAAUUAAUGGAUCCUACUCUGGAAUAGCAUGUUGCGGCGUCUACCGUACAGGUCAUCCAUGUUAAGACAGAGCAACACACACAAUCCACAGUUUUGCUGUAAUGAGAGCCGUUGACUGAACAAAUCUACUCUCUUCACAAACAGCCGAUGCACUCUGAAUGAGAGAUAUCGCGCAGGAGAAGCCGAGAAGGAAAGCUUCUUCAGUAUUCUAGCGUUCCGGCGCUAAGGUGUUGAUGGCUGAAUCUGGGCCCGAGGAAUGAAGAUAACCGGCGGCAAGAUUGAGCUCCCUGCUACCUCUUAUUCCAAAUCGCCGAACCCAUCCGCAGAACCCGAUCUCUUACAGAGACAUCCCAGCUCUCGCAGACUGCCUCGCCGGAAAAUCAAGAGCUCCGGCGCCGGUGUGCGGUUGCGGAAGGAUAUUAGCGGAGCUUCUGCUGUCAGGAGGAGCAGGCCACAGACUCCUCUGCUUCGGUGGAAGCUCGAUGAGGAUGUAGGGGUCAGUAGUGGGUAUGAUGUACCAGAGGACAGCCUCGAUCGGAAAUGCCAUCAGAAAACUAUAGCUCCACUAUCGGCCAGAAAGCUCGCUGCCGGAAUCUGGCGGCUGCAGCUGCCCGAAGUGCCGCCUAACGGAGAAAAUCUAGGGUUCCAGGGAGCAGUUGGUCAUGCCGGGACCCCUUUUUGUAGUCACCAUCACAUCAAAGCUCAAGAUUCUCAAGUCUCUGAAUUAGUAGGGAGUCCUCGUUCUGUUUCUGGCCCAAGAGAUGGAGCAUUUCAUCAAGUUGAGCCAUCAUUCCAUCUUUCCAACACGGCAAUGGAGGGAGCCACAAAGUGGGAUCCCAUCAGCUGGAAAUCAGCCGAAGGUGGAUCAAAACAUAUCCAUGGCCACCAACAAAAAGCCCACACUCCAACCAGAGUGAUGUCUCUUCUUGAGGAAGAGCUAAAGCAGGCUCGGGCCCGCAUACAAGAACUUGAGACAGAGCAGCAUUCAUACAAGAAGAAGAUUGAGCAGUUCUUGAAGAAAGUCAGUGAAGAAAGGGCCAUUUGGCGAAGUAGAGAGCACGAGAAGAUCCGAACAAUCUUGGACGACGCGAAAGCCGAGUUGACGCGAGAGAGAAAAACCCGACAAAGGGUUGAAAUCGUCAACUCCAAACUGGUCAAUGAACUGGCUGAUGCCAAGGUAACUGCAAAACGGUACAUGCAGGAAUACGAGAAGGAAAGGAAGACGAGGGAGUUGAUAGAGGAAGUGUGUGAUGAACUAGCAAAAGAAAUUGGAGAAGAUAAAGCCGAAGUAGAAGUGUUGAAGAGAGAAUCUGAAAGACUUCAUGAGGAAGUUGAUGAAGAAAGAAGGAUGUUACAAAUGGCUGAGGUUUGGCGUGAGGAACGCGUUCAGAUGAAGCUAAUUGAUGCAAAGGUGACGCUCGAAGAGAAGUAUUCUCAGAUGAACAGACUAAUUGCGGAUUUAGAGUCCUUCUUGUGUUCUAAAGGCGUUAUUAACCCUACAGAUAUGGAGGAGAUGAAAAAGAUAGCAGUGUCUGUUAAUAUUCACGACAUUAAAGAAUUCACAUAUGAGCCACCACAUCCAGAUGACAUUUUCUCUGUUUUUGAAGAAAAUACGUUUUCAGAUGAAAAACUAAAUUCGCAGAGACACCAUAAUCAGAAAGCUUACACCAACCAGAGUGACGGUUAUGGAGGAGGAGAAGAUGGAGGAAGUGAGUGGGAAACUGUGAGCAACAUGUCAAGGAGUGGGGCAGGAUCCACACCAUUAACAGAUAUUAGUGAAGUCUGCUCAACACCAGCUCAGCAAAUGAAGAAGAGGUCUACUGUGUUUAGGAGGGGCACACGUCCUAACGAGGGAAGGUACAUGAGUGGAGGUGCGGUUGUGAUGUCACCUGAUAGGGAGUGGGGAAAAGAAGAUGAUGCCAGCACCUCCAAUUCUGUGGGGUCGGGGAAUCCUCAUCAAAUAAAUAAAGGUAUGAAGAAAGGAGGGUGCAUUGAGUGGCCAAGGAAUUCGACACAGAAGAACAGUUUGAAGUCGAAGCUGUUGGAGGCUAGAACAGAGAGCCAGAAGAUCCAGCUACGUCAUGUACUGAAACAAAAGAUUUAGAGAGAGUUCAAUGUGUGAAACCCACCCACCCUUUGUCGCCAAGAGACGAGUAAGUAUUAUUCAAAGGGAAAGAGAAGCAUGUAUUUCUUUUUCGUUUUCUUUUCCUUCUGCUCUUUCAAACUACGUGGUGAAUCGAAUAUUUAUGUAUCCAAUGAAUGAACAUUAAUUUCAAUGAUUCAUGAAGUCUUCAGAUUAAUUCAUUUUCUGUGAAUUAAGGUUCCCUUUUCGGUGUUUAA